UGGGCCUAUUAUCGGACCAAUUCUCACCAAAGCCUUGAACCCGUUUUUCUAAUCGGGUCGAAUUUUCUAUUCAUAUCAUCAAUAUGCACUGCACUGGAAUAAACACUUCCUUUUCUUGAAUUCACCGUCACAAUAGCGAAGAUCUAUGGUGAUAACAAAUUUUAAUGGAGCAGGAGUGGGCUUUGGUUUCGGAGUUGGCUGUGGUUUUGGAGUUGGAUGGGGCUUCGGAGGUAUGCCCCUGAACAUCUUUGGACUUGGUGCAGGUGGGGGUUGUGGUGUUGGUUUAGGGCUAGGAUGGGGAUUUGGCUCAGCAUACGGAAGUCAGUAUCACGGUUCUGGAGCAACUUUCCAAGGUGUUGAAUUCGCGAGUAAAUCUAAUGUAGAAAAAGAUUCGACAAACUUGUUGAAAAACACGCAGAAAGCUAAUGCUUCUAACUGAAUUUCAAUAUUGAUCGUACUUUGUCGAGUGAUGAAAAAUGGUUAAAGAAAUACAAGUGUUUGCUGUAUAUGCGCUAAGAUCAACCGAAGCCUUUCUUUUUCGAUCAAAAUGUACAAGCGGUAACUGCACACUCUAGAAUUUUCAAUUGAAUUCAAAUUUGUUCUUUCGUUUUUUAUUUAGCAGUUG